UACAUAACAAGUUGCUGCAGACUGGAGCCAACAACCAGUCAAUUUCAAUUAGCAUUCCACCUUCACCUACCAAUUCUUCUUCUUCUCCUCCCUCCCACCUGAUUUUCCACCCUCUGUAAAACAUAUAUAUACAUUCCAAUUUCCAAUACAAACAUGGUAUUCCACAACUUAUUAGCAAAACGACAAGGUAGUUGCAGUGAAGACGACAUGGCGCAGCAGAGCUCCGGUGUCCGUUACCUGAGGCCUAUGCUUCACUUGCUCAUACCACUUUGCAUUCACUGGGUCGCCGAGGAAAUGACAGUUUCCGUUCUUGUUGACGUCAUCACUGCCGCUCUCUGUCCCGGAGACGAAACCUGCACCGAAGCUAUAUAUAUUAACGGUCUCCAACAAACGAUUGUUGGAAUUUUCAAGAUGGUGAUACUUCCACUUUUAGGUCAGCUUGCAGAUGAGUAUGGGCGUAAACCAAUGCUCCUUCUUACUAUAUCUACUUCCAUAUUCCCUUUUGCUUUACUUGCCUGGAAUCAGUCUAAGGAAUUUGUAUAUGCUUACUAUGUGCUUCGUACAAUAUCAUAUAUUUUAAGUCAAGGGAGUAUUUUCUGCAUUGCUGUUGCUUAUGCGGCAGAUGUUGUUGAUGGCAGUAAGAGGGCUGCAGCUUUUAGUUGGAUUACAGGUCUUUGUUCUGCUUCGCAUGUCUUGGGAAAUCUGCUAGCACGUUUUCUUCCCGAAAAGUACAUUUUUCCGGUUUCAAUUGCGCUCUUGAUUUUUUGUCCAAUUUACAUGCAAUUCUUUAUGGUUGAGACAGUUAAAUUGGCUCCACAUAGGGACCACGAUUCAGCUUGCUUGACUAGGACGAUUAAGGUUCUCCAUAAUCGAUACAAAUCAAUGAGAGAUGCUGCAACAAUAGUUAUUACCAGUCCAACACUAAGGGGCAUUUCUCUUGUUUCCUUCUUCUAUGAGUUGGGAAUGUCUGGCAUUACAGGUGUCUUAAUGUAUUAUCUGAAGGCUGUUUUUGGUUUUGACAAAAAUCAAUUUUCAGAAAUUCUGAUGCUGGUCGGAGUAGGUUCAAUUUUUUCUCAGAUGUUGGUGCUUCCACUAAUCAACCCAUUGGUUGGAGAGAAAGUGAUAUUGUGCAUGGGUUUACUUGCAUCAAUAGCUUAUGCAUUAUUCUAUGGCCUUGCUUGGGCUGCAUGGGUAGCAUACCUGAGUGCCUCAUUUAAAGUUGUUGUUGUCCUUGUAAGACCUUCUACUUAUGCCAUCAUUUCAAAAGCAUCAAGCUCAAACAAUCAGGGAAAAGUACAGGGAUUUAUCGCUGGUGUGGAAUCAAUAGCCAGUUUGUUGUCACCACUUGCAAUGAGUCCAUUAACUUCAUGGUUCCUAUCUACCAGUGCUCCAUUCAACUGCAAAGGUUUCAGCCUCAUAUGUGCAUCCAUAUCUAUGGUUAUUGCUUUAUGUUAUGCUUGCUUCCUUAAACCUGAUAUACCCUCAAGUCAUGACUCUGAGGAUGAAAUUGAAGCACCACUUCUAGAGUGAUGGAUAGACAAUCACUUGAUUGCAGGUCCCAUGUAAAAUGUUUUUUUCUUGGCGGAUGAUGUAAAUAUGUGGCGUCCCUUGAGUAAUGUUGUAAUUAUGUUAGUGCAAAUAAAAUUUUAGUAUUCAUUUUUUCUUUAGAAA